AUGGAACUGAAGGUGAAGACAUUAACUGGGAAAGAAAUCCCAGUAACGGUCGAUCCUGAAGACAGGGUGUACCGCAUCAAAGAAUACCUUGAAGAGAAAGAGGGUAUCCCACCAUCUCAACAAAGACUGAUUUUUCAGGGGAAACAAAUUGACGAUGACAAGACAGUUGCAUCUGCAAACCUGAGCUCAGGAAUGCAACUUCAUUUAGUACUAACCCUUAGAGGAGGGAUUUGA